GACUGUGAAUUGUAUUUAAGCGCGACUCAAUCGUAUAUAUACAAUAUUUCAUUCCCCAUUGAUCGAUCGUUACAACCGAGUAACUUGCAACCCGAUUUCGGUUUAAAUUUGAUACGCGAAUUUUCAGAUCUCCUGCUCUUUUGUAGUAAAAUCACUUUAAUUCAGCUGCGAUUAUAUAAAUUAUAUGAUUUAUAUUCAUUCUGCGCAAUCGAAUUGAAGAAAUGCAGAGCAGGGGAUCGAGUAACCUACUUUCCGGUAUGGUUUUCCGAUCCCGUAUCUCGACUCUCUUGCUCUCUAUGUUUGCCACCUUCGCUUCUUUGUACGUCGCUGGCAGGUUGUGGCAAGAUGCGGAAAACAGGGUGUACUUGGCUAAAGAGCUCGACAGAAUCACUGGUCAGGGGCAAUCUGCAAUAUCAGUGGAUGAUACACUAAAAAUUAUAGCAUGCAGGGAACAACAGAAGAAAUUAUCGGCCCUUGAGAUGGAAUUGGCUGCAGCAAGACAAGAGGGUUUUGUAUCAAAACAUUCACCAGAUACAAAAAAGUCUCCCAAAAAACAGCCUUUAGUUGUAAUAGGAGUACUCACGAGCUUUGGUCGCAAGAACAAUAGAGAUGCAAUACGCAAGGCAUGGAUGGCGACUGGUGCAGCUUUAUCGAAGAUGGAAGAGGAGAAGGGUAUCAUUCCACGAUUUGUCAUUGGGAGAAGUCCUAAUCGUGGGGACAGUAUGGAUCAGGCAAUUGACUGGGAAAAUAGGCAGAACGGUGACUUCAUUAUACUUGAAGACCAUGUAGAGGCUCUUGAGGAACUGCCGAAGAAAACAAAAUCUUUCUUUGCUUUUGCUGCAGAAAAGUGGGAAGCUGAUUUCUAUGCAAAAGUCAAUGACGAUGUUUAUGUUAAUAUUGAUCUCUUGGCCAAUGUACUUGCCACACAUGUGGACAAGCCUCGUGUAUAUAUUGGAUGUAUGAAAUCUGGUGAAGUUUUCUCGGAAAAGAACGAAAAAUGGUAUGAACCGGAUUGGUGGAAAUUUGGGGACGGAAAAAUGUACUUUCGCCAUGCAUCUGGUGAGAUGUUUCUCAUAUCCAAAGCAUUAGCUAAAUUUGUUUCAAUUAACAGAUCCAUUCUUCGCACUUAUGCACAUGAUGAUAUUAGCACUGGAUCUUGGUUCAUUGGUCUUGAUGUCAAACACAUUGAUGAGCGAAAGUUUUGCUGCUCAUCUUGGUCAUCAGGAGCUAUAUGUGCAGGAGUAUGAUUGGAUUUGUUUAAACUAUAUAGAUAUCUACAUAUUGGACGGCUUAAUGGACAGGGAUUUUGGACUUGUGUGAGCUUCCGCUUCAGCAAAUGGCCAGUACUAAGCAAGAGCUAGAUUUUUAUUUUUUUUUAAAAGUUUAAUUUAAGAUGACUAUAUACACCUUUCAGAAUAUAGAAUUAAAUUGAAAUGUUUUUAGAAAAGGAAAUCGAGAUGUUUUUUCAUCAUUGUUUGUUCAUCUUAAUUUUUGGAAAUAGCUUGCUGAGUACUGCCCCCAUA